AUGCUCGCAGCGUGGCUCGUCAGCCUCGCGCUUGUCGCGCACGCCAGUGCAGAGACAUACACUCUCCACCACCGCUUCCUCCCUUCCGGCUCCUUCGUGCCGCGGGGCACCGUUGACGUAGUCGAUGGAGCCGCGACCUUCUCUCCCUCUGAUGGCGUGCUCGAGCCUGGGGAAGGGUGGUACCAGGUCGGUCUGGAGUGGGUCGGCGGGGACAUGAUUACGACGUCGACGCGCGCGUGCUUCGCGGGCGAGGACGCGCGUCUGGUGAUCCACGUCGGACAGAAUGGGCGGCCAACUAGCAUCGCGUACACGCCGACAGGUGUGCCGAAUGACGGAAGCUGCAGCGCAUCCUUGCGUGCAGUUGGAUCAGGCCUGCAGGUCGCGCUUGCCUCGCCGCAGAAGGUGUACAGUCCCGGCCUCGCGCCGCCACCUACAGUCGACGAGGGAGGCAAGGUCAAGGAGCCUGAGCCCGAGAAGACGUUCCUCCAGAAGUACGGCCUCAUGAUCGGCGGCUUCGCCUUUGUUCUCCUCAUGAACGCGGGAUCACCAGACCCGCCUAAGGAGGGCGGUGGCGGCGGCGGUGGUGGUGGUGGCGGCGGCGGCGCGGCGCAGUAG